AUGCAGGACAGACUGGAGAUGCAGAAAAUGGGGAAGAAGCAGAAUGGAAAAGGCAAGAAGGUGGAGGAAGCCGAGCCUGAGGAGUUUGUAGUAGAAAAGGUUCUAGACAGACGUGUUGUGAACGGGAAGGUGGAAUAUUAUCUCAAGUGGAAAGGAUUCACAGAUGCAGACAACACAUGGGAACCAGAAGAGAACUUGGAUUGUCCAGAAUUAAUUGAAGCGUUUCUAAACUCACAAAAGGCUGGCAAAGAAAAGACAACAGAUGGAAAAAGGAAGUCCAUUUCAGACAGCGAGUCUGAAGAGAGCAAAGCAAAGAAAAAGAGAGAAUCGUUGAUAAAACCCAGAGGCUUUUCUAGAGGCUUGGAACCAGAGAGGAUAAUUGGAGCUACAGACAGCAGUGGAGAGCUGAUGUUCCUUAUGAAAUGGAAAGACUCUGAUGAAGCAGAUUUGGUUCCAGCAAAAGAAGCAAAUGUGAAAUGUCCGCAAGUUGUAAUUGCUUUUUAUGAAGAGAGGUUAACAUGGCACUCCUGUCCUGAGGAUGAAGCACAAUAG